UACAUGCAUGACUGAAGUGUAGAGUAAAAUAAUAUGAUUUUGUAAACUUUGUAAAGUAAUGGUAACUUCUUUGUAAUAAAAAUAAUAAUAACCAGUAAUAAGACCAUCCCAGAAAGAUACAACAAAUAAUUAUUAUUGAAUAAGAUUAUUUUCCGUUAUAUAUAUCAAGUUACGUUCGUACUCUAAGUAUAUACGGGGGUGGCUUCACAAAGCCUGUCACCUCCAUUGUUAGUGUCUUCUCGCCUCUUUCUUACCAAAGGAUCUUUAAUUACCACCUUAGGAGUGUUUUCUUUCAGUUAAUGGAUCUAUUCUCUGAUAUGUCAAUCAAUUUAUCAUAUAUAAGUCGAGGAAAACGAUCUUCAAGACGUAGUAUUAGUCUGAGGACAGUAGAGAACAGAACCAAAGAAGGAUUUUCUAAUAGUAAUCAUGGAAAUAAGAUGUUCAAGCGUAAUCCGAAUUUGCACAACUUUUCUACUGAUUACUCAAUUAUUUAUAAUCAUAUCAGCGGUACAGAAAACUUCCGACAUUACCGAAUUCAAAGUGGAAAAUCAAAGAACACAUAGGAGACAGAAUUUUAGAAAGAGAGCGAUGGACGAAAGAAUACCUGCCACGAUCGAUGAAUCCGAAACUUAUUCCGCUGAUUACAUUGACACUGAAACGAAUCUGGAGGAACUACCAUCACUGAUGGUCGAUUAUGCGAAUAUGAUCAGAAACGAUAUUAUAUUAUUGGACAAUUCCGUUGACACAAGGUCUCGGAAGCGCGGCAACUUAAAAUUUAGAGGAGACGAUCAAGUAUCCUGCAGUUGUGAACGCCAACCAAACGAUAACGAAAAAGAAACUACAUUAAUUGAUUUAGGCGUGGAAUAUUUUCCGAGAUACAUCGAAAAGAAGUUUUGCGCCGACCUUUGCCCACCUUUGUACAGGUGUCAAGAGAGUGUAUACAACCUAACGAUAUUAAAGAAGAAAGGAUUACCAGAUAGGGAAGAUGAAGUGGUGUUGCAUUUAGACAUGCCACGAGACCUCAAGAAUCACUACGUCGCUAUAAGGAAGCCUGUAACCAUUGGAUGUGUCUGUACAAGGGAUUAUAUUGAGUACCACUGAUUUAUCCAAGAAAAUUUAAAUAGAAAUGUUAUAUUGAUACAGACAGCG